AUGAUAAUCAUCAUACGGACAUCUCAGAUGGGUCCUGGGACCAUCGGAACUGCAGUCACUGUCCAGGGUAACGGUCUUUACCUGCUUGAUCCUAGACAGUGGUUUCAGGAUCGAGUGGCUUCUGCAAGCUAUUCUCUCAUUCCGGAUUAUUUGUCAAAUCCAAGGCGACACUGCCUUGUCCGUUUGAACGGGCCUGCAAUCCUCGAAAUGUUUAGGAGUGAGUGUGGUGCGGACGUCAGGUUGACAACCUGUCGAAAAUGGCAUGUAUUGGAGUUUCUGAAAGAAUAUGGUCUGUCCAAGGUGCAUUCUGAACUCUGGGACUAUGAAAAACACGGCUUUGGCCUCCUCUGGCCCGUUUCCCGGGCGUCGACUGGUCUUCAUCAAAUCAACUCGUUGUUCCAGAACUGGGCGGCAUAUGUCCCCUCGACGCUAGAUCAAGAUGCCACCCCAACACAGUUACAAAACCCCGACACACUAGUUUCUCAGCAGGCGGUGGUGAGUCGAAAGAGGACGAGAGAUUCAAGUCCGGAUGCGCAUGAAGACAGCAAUAGAGUUACAAAGUCUUCUCGUCUCCAAAGCGAUAUCGAGGGCCAUUUGAACGGGUUCGUAGCAGUUGGUGGGCCUGGCUCGUGA